GCGAAGGAUGCUGCGUGGGUAGGCACUUUUACGCGCGGGGUUAAAGGGUGCACAGUGCGGGCGCACCUCGUUUGUCAUGAGAGACUACAUGCCAGGACUGCGCCUUGAAUCCAGACAAUGCAACGACAUGCAGCUACGACCCACACCUUGAACUUCUGAGGCGUUUACGCUCCGAGAUCAAGACUUUUCGUGCAAGAGGAAAAUUUUUUUAAAAAUGGCUCUGAGCGAAAGCUGCAAAGCGCAACCUGCUAAAGAGCAAGGCACCGUGCAAAACGCCCCGUCGGAUGUUAUUGAGCUGAACGUGGGAGGACAGGUGUAUUACACGCGCCAAUCCACCCUGACGAGCUUCCCAAAUUCUUUACUUGGGAGGCUGUUCUCGAACAAGAAGGGGUCUUCCAAUGAUUUGUCCCGGGACCUGAGAGGACGCUACUUUCUUGACAGAGACGGUUUUCUGUUUCGGUAUGUGCUAGAUUACCUCAGAGACAAGCAGGUUGUCCUCCCCGAUCACUUCCCCGAGCGAGGACGGUUGAAAAGAGAGGCGGAAUAUUUCCAGUUGCCCGAACUGACCAAACUUUUGUCACACGAGGAAUCCAAAUUACUGACAGAUGACGUGUAUUACAGUGAUUUUGAUGACGCGUCUCAGGGCAGCGACCAGAGGUUUUACUCCUCUUACUCUCUCGACAAGAGAUAUGGCUACAUUACGGUCGCGUUCAAAAGCGUGUGCGCGCCGGGAGGUAGAGAGAGCGAUGCCAGGGCCAAAAAGUUAUCGAGGAUUUUCAUCAGCAGCAGGAUCGGUUUGGCCAAAGAGGUGUUUGGAGACGCACUGAGUGAGAGCAGGGACUCGGACAGGCCCCCGGACCGCUACAGCAGCAGGUUUUACCUCAAGUUCAGACAUCUGGAACGAGCAUUUGACAUGCUGUCAGAGUGUGGAUUUCACAUCGUGGCCUGCAAUUCGUCCCUGACUGCGUCCUCUAUCGGUCAUUACACGGAUGACAGAGUCUGGUCCAAUUACGCACAGUACAUCUUCUACCGCGGGCCGUCAAGGUGGUCAUCUUCCCACUGUGACUGCUGUUGCAAGAGCCACAAAAGUGAGCGUGAGGGAGAGAGCGGCACCUCCUUCAACGAGCUCUCCACCUCCUGUUCUGAAACCCAGUCAGAAGCCAGUUCCCCGCAAGGAACCGUGAUCUGCGGCCCGGUGACGCGCGUGUCCAAGAUCCAGACAUUGGACAGGCCUGUGACAAAAGGACCGGUUCACAUGCUGCAGCAGGCAGAGAUGCGCCGUAAAACUGACAUGCUCCGUGUGCGAACCUUUGGGGUGCGUGACCGAGAUGCAGCAAAGAGGAAAGUGAACAAGGAGAAGAUGACUCCAGAGCAGGAGCUGGAGAAAUGCAUCCAGGACUUCCGGCAGAUUAGAAUUCCAGAUCAUUUUCCGGAGAGGAAAUACAUGUGGCAGUCAGAGCUCCUGAGAAAGUAUUGCCUCUAAAUAUGGGUUUGCAAAGAGACAGAAAGGGAGAGGUGGUAGUAUCAUAUCACUGUCUAUGAAGGGUGAAUAGAGUAUAUACACUGCACGCAUGAGACACUUACUGGAAAGAAACAAAACAAAAAAA